UUGUCAAUAAUCAAUAUAUAUAGUUUCUCUCUGAUCUCUCUCCCUAUAUAUAUAUAUAUAUGGCCUGGAAGGCCAGUACGUAUUCUUUAGGCAUGCACCACCAUACAUACAUAUAUGUUUGAUUUGUAUUUGUAAGCUGGAAAGGCCAGGGAUUGAAAUGGGAAAGCAUAUGCAGCAGCGAAUUCAGUAUUUGGUUAGUGUAGUGUUUCAAAGUUUGAGAAUAGUAUUAUUAUUGUUGUUUUGGGGGCGGCAAGGGAUAGGGAUAGGGAUAGGGAUUUGCUCAUCAUCAGCUGAGAAACUGAUCAUCCCUGCCAAUUUUGUGUUCGGAGAUUCAUUGGUUGAUGCCGGUAAUAAUAAUUUCAUUGCAACUCUUUCCAAGGCCAACUAUGCCCCAAAUGGGAUUGAUUUGGGGAUGCCAACCGGUCGAUACACCAACGGAAGAACAAUAGUUGAUAUCAUAGGACAGGAAAUGGGGUUAGCUGCAGCUGGGUUUACUCCGCCGUACUUGGCUCCCACGACGAGCGGUCCGGUGAUUCUGCAAGGCGUCAAUUUUGCCUCCGGUGCUGCGGGUAUUCUUAAUGAAACUGGAAAUUUAUUUGGUGGAAGGAUCAACUUUGAUGCACAACUGGACAACUUUGCAAACACGAGAGAAGAUGUAAUCCGAAGCAUAGGUUGGAGAGCAGCGAGCAAAUUAUUGGAGAACGCAAUGUUUUCUGUAACCAUAGGCUCAAAUGAUUUCAUCAACAAUUACUUCACCCCGCUUGUCUCAACACUGGAGCGCAACUUAGUCCCUCCACAACUAUUCGUCAAUGCCAUGAUUUCCAAAUUCAGAACCCAGCUAACUAGAGUGUACAUGAUGGGAGGUAGAAAGGUGGUAGUGGCAAAUGUUGGGCCUGUGGGGUGUAUUCCAUAUCAGAGGGACAUAAAUCCCGGCGCCGGAGAUGCCUGCGUCGCUUUGCCAAACCAUUUAGCUCAGUUAUUCAACAACCAGCUCAGGAGUCUUGUGACGGAGCUCAACUCCAAUCUUGAUGGAUCAACUUUUGUGUACGCUGAUGUCUACACUAUCGUACACGACAUUAUUACCAACUACACUGCAUACGGGUUUGAGAAUGCAAACUCAGCAUGCUGCUACGUGGCUGGGAAAUAUGGGGGUCUCAUUCCAUGCGGUCCAUCGUCUAAAGUGUGCCCAGACAGAUCAAAGUAUGUGUUUUGGGAUCCUUACCAUCCCACGGAUGCUGCUAAUACCAUCAUAGCAAACCGCCUAAUCGACGGCGAUUCCCGUCAUAUUUGGCCGCUCAAUAUCAGACAACUCUUAUCAUCCUAGCUCCGAUGAUCCACAUCCUCCAUCCCUCAUCCACAUAUACACUACCUACUCAUAUAUUAAUAUAUAUUCUUUCAGCUCAUCAUCAUAUACAUUAUUUAGGAACCAAUUAACUGCCAUGGCUUCAUCAUAUCAAAUUAAUUAAAUGUCGUCAUUCAU